GCGGCGAGAGGGCGCGACGAGUAUUUCUGUUUACCGGCGCGCCGCAGAGGCCGGCCAGCAGCGGUGGGGCAGUGCGCGCCGGCCCACCGACUCUGCGGUUGCAGCCACAGCGUGGCGACGGCCACCACUCGCAGACUUGGCGAUUGCCUUCCGAUGGAAGUCUCGGCAGCAGCUGUUCCAGCUGCUAACAGCGACAGAGCACAAGCAAAGGAUAGCACCGUGAGUGGGCUGAAGGCUCGUGUGGAGCCAGAGCACCUAAACGGCGACUGGCAAACGCAGCACUGCAAGGAAGAUGAGGUCCAUAUCAAAGGGAAGGUGUUGGCCAACGGUACCCUGUUGGAGAAUGGCUCCAUAAGUCACGACCGAGUGUCGGACGAGUACAAGGAGCCUGUUAUCUCUCCAUCUGAGAGGCCGGAGGCUAGUAGGAAUAUCAGUGUGGUAAAUGGGAGUGAUGUGGACGACGGAGGAUGGGACAGAUGCGACGAACAAGUGCGGGAAGCAUCCCCAGGAGAGGAGGAAGAGGUGGACCCGGCUAGCGGAGAGCUGCUGACGGAGGAGCGGCUGGCGGAGACGGAGCGGCUGCUGCGGCGGCACUCUGGGUGCUCGGGCCCGUGGCGGCUGUCUCGCUCGCCGCUGGGCGGCCGCGGCCUGGUGGCGGCACGGGCGCUGUCUGCCGGGGAGCUGGUGCUCAGGGACCCGCCGCUCGUGCUGGCGCCGCGCGCAGCCUCCGCACCACUCUGCCUGCGCUGCCACCGCCGCGCCGCCCCCGACCGCCUCCGGCAGUGCGCCCGCUGCCACAUGCCCGUCUGCUGCGACGCUGCAGGCGACGGCCAGGAGGACCACCACUCUGGGGAGUGCGCGCUGCUGGCGGAGUGGGGGGUGCGUCCGCCGGCAGAGGGCGGCUGGCCGCGGCCGGUGGUUCGCGCCUGCGCCGCCGUGCGCUGCCUGGCGCUGCCCGCCUCCGACCAGAGGCUGCUGGCCGCGCUGCAGGCGCACCAACACCCGCGCUACCGCCAUGAGAUGGAGCUGCUGUCGCGGCUGUGUGGGGGGCGGGUCCCCCCGGAGCGCCUGCGAGCGGCGGGGCGCGCGGCGCGCGUGCUGGACACGAACGCGUUCGAGACACCGCUGGACGGCAGCCGGCGGCCGGAGGCGCUGUCGGGGCGGCUGCGCGGCCUCUACCCGCUGGCCGCCAUGAUGAACCACGCGUGCUCGCCCAACACCACGCACGGCUACGACGCGCAGCACGCCAUGGUGGUGCGCGCCGCCGUCGACGUAGCCCGCGGCCAGGAGCUCACCACGUCGUACGCGCCGCUGAUGUGGGGCACGGCCGCGCGGCGCGCCCACCUGCUCGACACCAAGGGCUUCCUCUGCCGCUGCGACCGCUGCCGCGACCCCCAGGAGUUCGGGUCGCUGCUUUCGGCGCUGCGGUGCGGGCGCGGCGGCUGCCCCGGCGCCAUAGUGAGCGAGGACCCCCUGGACACGGCGUCUCCGUGGCGCUGCAGCGGCUGCGGACAGCAGCUGAACGCCACCAAAGUGCGGGUGGUACAGGCCGCGCUGGGCUCCAUGCUGGCCAAGGUGGACACCGGCAGGCCGGAGGCCGUGGCCGCCUACCUGCGCAGCCCGCGCGUCUGCUCGGCGCUCCACCCCUCCAACCAGGUCGCCGUCGAGCUCAAGAGCUGCCUCGUCUGGCUCUACGGCCACACCGACGAGCACAGCUGGCAAGAACUGAGCGAUGAGGACCUGGAGCUGAAGGAGUCACUGUGCCGGGAGCUGCUGCAGCUGCUGGCGCUCACCAGGGUGGGCCGCUGCCGCCUCAGGGGUCUCUUCUUGUACGAGCUGCACUGCACCUUAUCUGAAAAAAUGCGUCGAAGUCCAUCACAUUCCAUCAAGACUGGGGAAUUGGAAGUGCUGGAGUGCCUGGAAGAGGCGGCGGACAUCUUCCGGCUGGAAGCGAUGGCGCCACCGGACCUGUCUUCGCGACUGGAGGCCUGGAGGGAAGCCGCCGACCACCGCUGAGCGACGCUGCAGUCUGCGAACAAGCCGGAUACAGCACUGGUGGCGCUCUCGAGUGCGUCUGGAAGUGGCUAUGAGAUUUGGCAAAACUUUAUUAUGUUACAAUGUUUACGUGUUAUACCUCAUUCAUUAUUGGUGAAGAAAAUACAAAAAUUGUUUCUUGAGCAGUUUA